GAGGAUUCACCCAUCAAACAAUAGCCUACAUGUAUGAUGUCUCAGUGUCUUUGAUUAGUAGUAUCUUCAUUACAUGGAUACAAUUUAUUUAUUUACAUUUCAAAGAAAUUAAGUACCCAAUGUUUCCCAGUAAAGAAGAUCUGAAGCCAUUUUUGCCAAAGGUUUUCAAGCCUUUUAGAAAUGUGAGGUGUUCUAUUGACUGCACAGAGUUUUUUUGUCAGACUCCAAGGGACUAUGCACAUCAAGGCAAUGUUUAUUCUUCAUAUAAACACCAUGCUACAUUUAAGGCUUUAAUAGCAGUGACACCAAAUGGGUCUGCAUGCUUUAUUUCUGACCUUUAUGAGGGCAGUAUUGAUGAUGUCUCAAUAACAAGCCAGUGUGGCAUCCUAGACCACAUAGAACCUGGAGAUGUGCUGUUAGUUGACAAAGGUUUCACCAUCCAGGAGUUUCUUUAUGCAAAACAAGCAACGAUAAAGAUACCAGCAUUUUUAGGCAAAAGGGACAAGCUGACAAAGGAGGAAGAGAUGGCCACAAGAAGGAUAGCCAAGGCACGAAUUCACGUUGAACGAUUUAAUGAACGUUUAAAGAAAUUUUUACUUGUUGGAAGGACAAUUCCUCUGUCAUUAAUCCCUAUAGCUUCACAAUUAGUUUACGUAGCAAGCUGUCUUGUCAACUUUCAAGCACCCUUAUGUAAAUAA